UGCUGCUACUUCCUCAAAGUAUUUUAACAGAUGGUUAACAGGAAAUUGUUCUAUCUUCAGCAUAAAGUGAGAAAAUGUGUCACUUUCUGCAACAUACGACUUCAGUUAACGUCCGAGUGUUAACGCAGCUACAGCACCUUUUCUGUUGCUUCAACAUCAACAAGAUGUCCUCAGAUAUUUAUGCUAAACCGGAUUUCUCAAAGAAGGUCAGAUACAACAGAAAGCAGCAAGAAGACUCAUCAGACUGGGAAGAGUGUGAGGUGACAAUCUACAAUGAAGCCAAUGAAGCUUACGAAUCUGUGGAGAACACCACCGGGGAUCAGUCACCAGAACAAGCUCCACAAACAGAGACGAGUCCUAAAGUCCAGAAAAGGUCCAGAUGUGAUAAAUGGUGUCUGUUGGCGCUGUGUACUGUCCUGUCAACUGUGAUCAUCAUUCUAUCCUCAAGCUACAUGGUAGUCAGCAUCAGCAAUCUACAGAAGGAGGUGGAGAAGCACAAUGACAAGUUUAAAGACAUGGCAGUCAACAUGAGCAAUCUCCAGAAGAACCUGAAGGAUCAGAGAAACAAGUUUGAAGACAUGGCAGUAAACAUUAGCAAUCUACAGAAGAACCUGAAGGAGCAAAAUACCAAGUUUGAAGGUGAGAAAAAUGGAAAUACAUCAAUAUUUUAUAAUUUUGCUUGAUUUUUACCUAAUUAUAAUUAUUUUUAUUCCAAGCAAGUUGGGAAAAACAUGUUUUAAGUGAGAAAAUAUAGAGAGUUAUCUGAAAGAGAUAAAAAAAAAACAUGUAUUUUGGGAUAUACAUUUAUAAAAAGUGGGGACUUUCUUUAACUCAUUAGUUUCCUGUCACUGUUUAACACGUCUGUUCUUCUUUGGUUCACGCAAAAUGUAGUGAAAAUCCAUCUUCAGUCUUUAGCUGCUCCUUCCUUGAGCUGAAUUCUAGACUUUGAAACAUGUUUUUUGUUUCACACACAAACACAAAAUGAAAAUAAGCAUAAGAAUUUAAAAAUACAAAUAUAAUAAUGAAAAAAUAAAAAAAUACAAA